AUGUCGGAAAAGGGUCCUCCACUACCCAAAUUCGGUGAAUGGGAUGUCAAUGAUCCAGCCUCAGCUGAGGGGUUCACAGUGAUUUUUAAUAAGGCAAGGGAUGAGAAAAAGACAGGUGGCACUACCGAGUCACCAGGAAAGACUACUACUGAACCUCAAAGCAAACCUGCAUCAGAUCCCGGCAAACCUCAAAGUAAAAAAUGGUUUUGCUGCAUACAAAACCCUCCUGCCGAAUCAUAA